AUGAAUAAACAGUUACUAACGGUGUCGAUUUUGACAUCUCUGUCGCAUUUAGGAAGGCCGGUAACGUUCUGGCUUCUGUAUACAGCCAACCGCCAUCGGACGGACCGGUUUGACCCGGACCGGCCGGGUUGGCUCCUCGGUUCUAUAUUUGGAGACGACAUUGCUACAAGUCAAGAAACGACAUUGGUCGAACAAAGAGAGAUGUCUUGA